CUGCCACCCUGCGGUGGAUCUGUUAGCAGUUAGCAGUUAGCCACCUAGCCUCUCUCUCUGUGCGUUGUUUGGUUGCCGUUAGCAGCAAGAUGGCGGCUCCCAGCCCGGCGCACAGACCCUCUGCUCUUCACAUUUAACAGCAGCUCUCAGCCUCCACGGUACCGCCUGACACUGAUGCAUGGAGCGGCUGUGCAACACAUUCACCCGCAGCUGUCUUUCUGUUUUCUUUUUGUUUCUGUUAGCUUGAGGAGCUACCGACUUUGCACUAGUGUUCACCGGGCUAAAAUGGCGGACUGCCUGCUGCAGUCUCUGGGCUAGUUAACACCACACUGGUCCCUGUUAGAACCACAGACUGGAUCACCGGAGAGGGAUUCACAGAACCCUAACCCGCUCUACAAGACUGAAUCUGUCCGCAGGAACACACUGUGGUUCCGUUAGAAAGAGCUAACUAACGUUACGUAGCUUCUGUCAAAUCAGCCGGCUAAUUAGCAUCAGGAGCUAGUUAGCAGGCCAAUGCUAAUCCUGAGUCGCUGUUAGCGAGCCGGAGACUUCAAUCUUUUCGACACUACUCUCGACUUCAUUUUUAUUUUUUUUUGUACCCGGGAGACUCGGACCCUGACAGUAGCGUCAUGGCAUCCGAACCCGCGGUGCUGAACCCCCGCUGGAAGCGCAUCCUGGGCUGGACCGGGCCAGUUCCGCGGCCCCGGCACGGACACCGAGCCGUGGCUAUCAAGGAGCUAAUGGUGGUGUUCGGCGGAGGGAACGAGGGGAUCGUGGAUGAGCUGCACGUCUACAACACAGCUACCAACCAGUGGUUCAUCCCCGCAGUGCGAGGCGACGUCCCCCCCGGCUGCGCAGCGUACGGCUUUGCAUGUGACGGGACGAGGCUGUUGGUGUUUGGAGGGAUGGUGGAGUACGGCAAAUACAGCAGCGACCUGUACGAGCUGCAGGCGAGUCGUUGGGAGUGGAAACGUCUGAAGGCCAAGGCUCCAAAGAAUGGCCCGCCCCCCUGCCCCCGCCUCGGACACAGCUUCUCUCUGAUUGGCAGUUGCUGUUACCUGUUUGGAGGACUGGCCAAUGACAGUGAAGACCCCAAGAACAACAUCCCCAGGUAUCUGAACGACCUGUACAGUCUGGAGCUGCGGCCAGGCUCCAGCGUGGUCGGCUGGGAGAUCCCGCAGACCUCGGGUCUGCCGCCGCCGCCCAGAGAGAGUCACACGGCCGUAGCGUCGAGCGGGCGCUCAGCCAACAGACUCAUCAUCUAUGGAGGGAUGAGCGGCUGCCGGUUGGGAGACCUGUGGGUGCUCCACAUAGACUCUCUGACGUGGAGUAAACCGGACCUUAAUGGAUCUGCACCCCUCCCCCGCAGCCUGCACUCUGCCACCACCAUCAACAACAAGAUGUAUGUGUUUGGAGGUUGGGUUCCUCUGGUGAUGGAUGAUGUCAAAGUGGCGACUCACGAGAAGGAGUGGAAGUGUACCAACACACUGGCCUGUCUCAACCUAGACACCAUGUGUUGGGAGACGGUCCUGAUGGACAGCGUGGAGGAGAACCUCCCCAGAGCCCGAGCAGGUCACUGCAGUGUGGCCAUCAACUCCAGACUCUACAUCUGGAGCGGCAGAGACGGCUACAGAAAGGCCUGGAACAACCAGGUGUGCUGCAAGGACCUGUGGUACCUGGAGACAGAGCGUCCCUGCGCUCCCUCUCGGGUGCAGCUGGUCCGGGCCAACACGGCGUCUCUGGAGGUGAGCUGGGGACCGUCGCAGACCGCCGAGACCUACCUGCUGCAGCUGCAGAAGUACGACAUUCCCACCACGCCUGCCUCUAGCCCCGCCCCCAACCCUGUCCCCACGGCCACACCCAAGAGCCCUGCCCCCGUCGCCACGGCACCGGCCAACCAAGGUGUCCCGCUGUCCGGCCUCACGCUGGUCCAAUCCCCCGCUGCCUCUUUAGCCGCCGCUAAAGCACCAGCGGUCCUGAAGGUGGCAGCAGCUCCGGGGGCAACAGCAGGCGGCGCCUCCAUCGUCACAGUGAGACAGGCCACGCCCAAACCCCAGGUCGCCCUGACGACACUUCCUGCCGGCGUUCGUAUGGUGGUACCUGCUCAGGCCGGUCAGGGGCCGCCAAUAGGAAGCAGUCCUCAGAUGAGCGGCAUGGCGGCUCUGGCGGCGGCAGCUGCAGCGACUCAGAAGAUGCCCCCGUCCACGGCGACGAUGAUGAACGUCCCUGCAGGAGCAACCCUAGUAAAGACCAUGGCUGUGAGUAACCCGGCCACUCGGAUGCUGAAGACCGCUGCCGCUCAGGUGGGCGGGACCUCUGUGGUCUCCACCCCCGGGACCCCCGGCCGGCCAAUCAUCACGGUGCACAAGUCGGGCACUGUGACGGUGUCCCAGCAGGCUCAGGUGGUCACCACGAUGGUGGGCGGAGUCACAAAGACCAUCACGCUCGUUAACAGUCCGCUCAGCAUGGGCGGAGGCGGGACUCUGAUCGGUAACCUUGGUAACCUGGGGAAGAUGAUGACCGUGGUUCACACCAAGCCAGUCCAGAGUGGAGCGCUCACUGUUCAGGCUGGGAGCAGCCCAGUCACCCAGAUCCUCCAGGCGAAGGGCGGCCUCCCAGCAGGAACCAUCUUGAAGUUGGUGACCUCAGCAGACGGCAAACAGACCGCCGUUCUCAGCACCGCGCAGGCCGGAGCCACAACAGCCAAACCCACCAUCCUGGGCGUCGCCCCGGCAACCUCCAAACCGGGGACCACCUACAUCAAGACCAUCCCAAUGUCGGCGCUGCAGGGGGGGGCAGGUGGCAACAGUCCGUUCACCAUCCUGACCACCAAGAUGAUGACGCCAGGUACUGCCGGCAAGAUCAUCUCCACCGUCCCCAAAAUCACUGCAGCCGGCCAGCAGGGGCUCACACAGGUGGUGCUGAAAGGCGCUCCAGGGAUGCCUGGUACGAUCCUCCGGACCGUCCCCAUGAGCGGAGUCCGACUGGUGUCAUCGGGAGCUGUCGGCACCAAACCGGCCGUCACCACGCUGGUCGUCAAGGGAACCACAGGUAUGUCCAGUCUGGGGACAGGAACAGGAAGCGUCUCCACCAUCGCCACGCUCGCCAACCAGGUUACCACAGCAACCGCAGCAGCCGGACCAAAACAGGUGACUCUGAUCACGACUCCGAGCGGUGCCGAGGCUCAGCCGCUGGUCCAGGAUCUGCCCGUCACCUUCAUGGCUUCUCCUACUUCAGAAGAACCUGGAAGUAGUACUACUGCUACAACUACUGCAGCAGCAGCGGGAGAGGCUGGAGACACGGCAGCUGCUACAGUGACGCAGGUCUGCUCCAACCCGCCCUGUGAGACGCACGAGACGGGCACCACCAACACCUCCACCGUCGCCACAGCAACCAUGGGCGGCAACGGCAGAGUGUGCUCCAACCCGCCCUGUGAGACGCACGAGACGGGCACCACCAACACCUCCACCGUCGCCACAGCAACCAUGGGCGGCAACGGCAGAGUGUGCUCCAACCCGCCCUGUGAGACGCACGAGACGGGCACCACCAACACCUCCACCGUCGCCACAGCAACCAUGGGCGGCAACGGCAGAGUGUGCUCCAACCCGCCCUGUGAGACGCACGAGACCGGCACCACCAACACCUCCACGGUGGCGUCCGCCAGCAUGAGCCAACAGCUGCAGCCGGCAGCUCAGCGUCCUGCCGCUCUGAGCGGAGCGACCGUCUGCUCCAACCCGCCAUGCGAGACCCACGAGACGGGAACCACCAACACCGCCACAACAGCCACGGCUCAGCAGAGUGGAGACGGUCCGCAGGGAGACUCGCCUGACUCCGCCUCGUCCUCCUCUGACCCGGCCUCCUCCACCACAGCCAGCCAGAGCAGAGCUGUCACCACGGUUACACAGUCCACGCCCACGCCUGGGCCCUCCAUACCUGCUAUCUCCUCAUUGGUCGGAGAUGACAAGGCGGAGUCCUCAGAGGCAGAGGCUGUUGCCACGGUGAUGGCGGCAGCAGCAGCAGAGGAGGGGGAGGAGCCUAUGCAGACGGCAGUGUUACAGGUUCAUAUGGAGGACAGCAAGGCAGGGGCACAGAUGGACGGGCUUCCUCAGGAGCUGAUGUCAUCAGAGGGGGACGGAAGUGAGGCGGUCUCCGGGGCGACGACGACGACGACCCUGAUGGUGACGGGACUGACCGCGGAUCAGCUGGCUGUUACCGCGGCAACGGAGGACGCGGUUCAGCAGGCGACGAUACAGGCGGUCCUGCAGGCAGCGGGGCACAUCGGUGGCGGGGCGGUGGACCAGUCCAUCCCCAUCGUUCUGACCCAGGCGGAGCUGGCCGCUCUGGUCCAGCAGCAGCUGCAGGACGUCCACAACCAGCCGGACGCAGCCGAGGCAGAACCGCAGCCCAGCGACGUGCCCACAGAAGGCCUUGCUCCAGCAGACAGCCUGAACGACCCGGCAGCAGAGAGUAACGGGCAUGAGCUUGCGUCGGCGGCGGUGACGAGCGCCGUGGCACGACUGGCCAGUACGUUUGGCCCCGCCCCCCCUCUGACGACCGGGGGCGUGGCUAAGAUUCAACCUGCUGCCACCGAGGCGACCAAUGGCGUCGCAGCAGCUGCAGGGAGAGUCCAGGUGACAUCAUCGGUGAAAGACAGCCAGUGGUAUGACGUCGGCAUCGUCAAGGUUACCAACAUGGUGGUCACACAUUACUACGUCCCCUACGACGACCACAUGGCCGACGAUGACUCGGGCGUGAUGCCGGACUACACUCAGAUGAGGAAGGUGGAGCUGCAGCCGGGGACGGCCUAUAAGUUCCGUGUCGCAGGGAUCAACAUCUGCGGCCGCGGCGCGUUCUCGGAGGUGUCGGCGUUUAAAACGUGUCUUCCUGGUUUCCCCGGAGCGCCGUGCGCCAUCAAGAUCAGCAAGAACCUGGACGGGGCUCAGCUCACCUGGGAGCCUCCGGCCGUCACGUCAGGACAGAUCACGGAGUACUCGGUGUACCUGGCCAUCCAGUCCAGCCAGGCGGCCGCCUCCGGUUCUGGCCCGGCCCAGCUGGCCUUCAUGAGGGUGUACUGCGGCCCCAGCCCGUCCUGCCUGGUCCAGUCCUCCAGCCUCGCCAACGCCCACAUCGACUACACCACCAAGCCCGCCAUCAUCUUCCGCAUCGCCGCCCGCAACCAGAAGGGCUACGGGCCAGCCACGCAGGUCCGGUGGCUCCAAGAAAGCAGUAAAGAUGCCAAAGCAGCGGUGAAGAGACCCGGAACUUCUCCUGAUGCUAAACCUGUCGGACCAAAGAAGUUCAAAACCGACCAAUAGGAGGAGCCGACCUUCUGCUGAGGACUGUGAUUGGUUACAGUUGUCUUAAGCUCCGCCUUGCAGCUGUUUGCCGCGUCUACGAGGAGGAGGAGGAGGAGGAGGAGGAGGAGGAGGAGGCAGGGCUCUGACAAAAUAAAAAGACUUGUAGGAUAUUUGUACAUUAUCAGCCAAUCAGAACUCUUUUCUUCCUCGUCAUGGAGACGGCGAGGGGUGGAGCCAACAGCUUUUCAUCUUCUAGUGGAACUAAUAAGGUUUGAGUUUAAUAAACGUAGAAGUAGCCCUCUGACGUCACGGUAACGGUCAAAGGUCACGGUGCUGUCAGGGAGGGGGCGGAGUUUAAACCAGCUCUGCUGUAAAUUAUUUUCUUUUUCUGUAGCAUCAAAAUAUUUAGUUUUUUCCUUCUUUUUUUUGUAAACGUCUGUUAGAAAAAAAAAAAAAAAAAAAAGUUCUCUCCUUUUCUGUGAUUUCUUCCUUUCUGUUGAAGUGCUUGUUGUCGGCCGCAGUGACGGAGCUCACCCAUUGGUCAGUUUGUCUGAUCAGGGGGGAAGGUAAUAACUUUUUCCAGGUUUUUGAAAAUCAAACCUGUUUUUGUGAAUAUUCUCCGGAACAAUAAAGAUUUUUAGAGCAUUUUUUUUU